AUGGGGGGGACCAAGAAGUCAAAUGAUGUUUCAACGGGGAGUAUCGAAAAGGAGGAGUCAGUAGAAGAAGGAUUGUUCUUCAAUGGAACGAUCCUAACACUUGCUUCCAUACUCGUAAUUCUCAUUGGGAUGCUUGCUAGUCAACUGGGGGAUAUUGUUACGACAAUUAGUGUCUUAAAUAGUGCGGGGAAAGGGCAACAUGAGAGCCGGCUGUCAAGACAUGCGGAUGAACGUGGUGUUGCUGGAGUCACAUUGCAACAAGACACGGAUGUGGCUGCUACGAUAACUCCAUUUGUGGAUCGAAACGAACCCUUUGUUUGCCGGACCUGCAUUCCUCAGAGCCGGCUCGAGUACUGGUCGAACGAUGCUGCGAUGCUCGAAACAGUGGGUCCAGAUGCAGAAAUCCCCGUUCGCUUUGCCAAACGCGCCUUGUCGUCAACGGCGGCAUCAUCUAGUGGCACCUUGUUUCGUCGACUCGUCACUCCUGGAACCUCCAAAUCGGCAUAUGACGAACGGACCAUGCGGUUCUCCGAGUUUCUGGCAGCAUACGACAAUAAAACUUCUGAAGAUCACCUGUAUGGUGCCCAGAUACCAAUCGUUACGCAUUUACCGCAACUGAUCGAUCCUAUUCGAGCCUCAGCGCCUCUUGGGACACUCAUCGAGGCCCUUGGUCCAACGCCCCCUAUGAAUCACAAGCCAUUGAGCAUGUACAUCGGAUACGGCCCGCUGAAGACACAAACGCAUUACGAUUCCUUGGAGAACUUUGUAUGUGUAAUGAGCGGGGGAAUGAAGACCUUUGAGCUCUAUGAUCCUGCAACAGCAAGUCUCUACAUGUAUAUAAAUCGAAAGGACGAAGGAAACGGAGCUUCUGUUUUUGACAACACCGGAUCAAAAGAUAGCCAUCACAGCUUUCCACUUUCCAAAUAUGCCAUUUCAACACGAGUAUCACUGUCACCAGGCGAUUGCUUGUAUCUUCCAGUAUAUUGGUAUCAUUCUGUCGAAUCAUCUCAAGAUCGAACGAUUUCCAUCAAUUGGUGGCGCAUGCCAGAGCGAUCUAAGAUGAUGGAUCUAGAACACAUAUUUUGUAGCCACAGCGAAGCAUCCACAACAGCUGCGCGAGCCACAUGCCAUUAG